UUCCCCUGACACUUUUUGUAAACAACAUGGCGGCUGUCGGAGUGGCCCUGCGAGCACACUGAUCCGACGCCGAGCUGUCAGGAGCUUCAGCUUUCGGGGGUGGGGGGGCUGACACCCUCGUCACGCCGGAGACGCGCGACGGACGCAGCUGCCCGGUUGACGCCGCAACACGACGAGCUGGACCGACGAGAAGACCGUUUGACGAACACAGGGCCCUCUUCAGUCUAUGGGCUCUCAGUCCAGUUCUGGGAUGUCUGGUGGAAGGAGCUCCUCCAGUGACAACCCAUCGGAUCGGUCUGAAGCAGCAGAGCCGAGCCGGAGCCGCAGGGCGGCGGACAGACAGUCAGCAGCAGCAGCAGCAACAACAACAACAACAACAGGAGCAGCAGCAGCAGCAACAGGAGCAACAACAACAACAGGAGCAGCAGCCGAGGAGGACGUCGACUUAGCUGAAGUGCUGGCUUACUUACUGAGGAGGGGCCAGGUCAGACUGGUCCACGGCAGUGGAGCCACAGGGCUGCAGCUGGUCCAGUCGUACUCUGACUCUGACGAGGACAGCGAUGGAGCCUGGGAGGGUCGACUGGGAGACCGCUACAACCCACCAGUGGACACCCAGCCGGACACGCUCGAGUUGGACCGCAGCGAGAUCCGAACUCAGAUCCUGCUGGCCACGGCCUCAUCUACCCUCAAAGGCCGACAAAGUUUCACACACAUGCUCACCGAGAGGGAACAAGGCAGAUGCAGAGGCUCCAGUUUUUCUCAUGGGGAGUGCAGCCGUAUUCGCACACAUUUCUUGCCAAACUAUGUAUCUCACAAGGACACAUACCAGCAGAAAGCCUUCUGUGGAGUGUACAGCGAGGAUGGCAACAUGUUCCUCUCGGCCUGCCAAGACCAGAACAUCCGUUUGUACGACACCUCCAGGGGGCGUUUUAAUCUACAGCGAACGGUGAAGGCUCGAGAUGUGGGCUGGAGCGUGCUCGACGUCUGCUUCACUCCCGAUACAAACCAUGUGCUCUACUCGAGCUGGUCUGACUACAUUCAUUUGUGCAGUAUAGACGGAGACAGUGAAAACCACACCGCCCUGGACCUCAAUCCAGAUGAGAGGAGGUUCUGUGUGUUCUCCCUGGCAGCAUCCACAGAUGGCAAAGAGAUCCUGGGAGGGGCAAACGAUGGCUGCCUUUAUGUUUUUGACCUUGAGCAGAAUAAAAGAACGUUGAAGAUUGAAGCCCACGAGGACGACGUCAAUGCAGUUGCGUUCGCAGACAGCUCGUCCCAGCUGCUCUUCUCUGGAAGCGACGACGCAGUAUGCAAAGUGUGGGACAGACGGACGCUGCGGGAGGACAGACCGCAGCCUGUCGGACAGCUGGCCGGACACCGAGACGGCAUCACCUUCAUCCACAGCAAGGGUGAUGCACGUUAUCUGAUCAGCAACUCUAAGGACCAGUCUAUCAAGCUGUGGGACGUCAGGAAGUUCUCACCCAAAGAGGGCUUGGCAGCAUCCCGCCUGGCUGUCACCCAACAAAACUGGGAUUACCGCUGGCAGCAGGUUCCCCAGAGAGCCCUGAAGAGACACAAGCUGACAGGUGACACGUCGGUGAUGACCUAUCGUGGUCAUGGCGUUCUUCACACCCUCAUCCGUUGCCGUUUUUCACCAGAGUUCAGCACUGGGCAGAGGUUCAUCUACUCUGGUUGCUCCACUGGAUCAAUCGUCAUUUAUGAUGUACUGACAGGCAGCGUGGUGUCCAGGCUGUCAGGCCACGAUGCCUGUGUGAGGGAUGUCAGCUGGCACCCAUAUGAGGACAACAUCAUCAGCAGCUCUUGGGACAGAGCAGUACGAAUGUGGGAGCACAGACAAACACAUCCUCUAGAGGAGGAGAGAGAGAGGGACAGAGACUGACGGCAAGACCAAACGAAAUGUUGUCCAAGGAAAAGACAUCACCACAGACUGGCCCUAACAGAGGAAGACAAUAAACCCAGAAGAACUGGGAAAGACUUAAAUGUCUUUUAAAUUCAAUGCUGGAUGUUAAUGAUUAUACUUAUUGGGUGGUUGUGAAGUGUUCAGUUGGAGGGCAUUAUAGCCUAACCUUGUUAAAGGUCAGAUUUGAGCACACUGGGACAGCCUGCACUAUUUCUUUUGGGGGGGAGGGUUCACUUGUGGACAAAAUGAACAGGCCAAACGUUUUUAUUUGGCCUGAAACUCAAAAUGCGCUGGAGCUCAAAAAGCCUGGUUCUCUAGCCGUCGAAAUGUAAUGGUAAAGCAAAUUAUAUAAAAAUCAAUGUUGGAUAUUGCAGGGAGUAAUUGAGGAUUAUGAUUCUGUAUAAAUGUAUAGUAUUUUAAUGGUAUGUGCGUUCAGGGAGUGUACCUAGAUUGUUGUUAGUGCUGAUUUGCUGAAUUGACUUCCCUGUAGUAUGAAUAACAUGAGCUGUGUCACAUUUCAGGGGCUGUCAUAUUCAAAGUCCACAUUUAAAGAAAUAUAUUGAAUAUGAAUAUAAUGAAUAAUCCAAUACUUUUAUUUGCAGCUACCUACAAUAAACCUGUUAUCAUGUAACUUUGUAGAGUUUCCCACUGGUCCACUGACUUCCUGGUGGUCAGCUCUGUUUGUUGAUCACUUCUGCUCAAACGGGUGAGUAGAGUGAAUCCUUUAGACACCUCCAGUCUAAUACUCCUAUAUUCCCGGCCACACAGCACUGGCCUCAAGUUUUUUUUUGCUGAUCCCUGGUCAGCCUUCAAUUCUGCAAACACCAGCCCUGUGCCAAUUUAAAAAAUAACAAUAAUACUACUUUUGUUGACCAUUAUAAACCUGUGAUCUGCUCAAAAGACUUGAAUGUUUGUAAUAAUCAGAACUAAGGGACUGGGGGAUGUAUGUGUGUGUAUGUGGAUUCAAACGUACACUCGUCUGUUUAUGCAAUUUUCAGGUGUUUAUAUCAAGGCCCAUAUUUCUCUCUCUCUGACUGUUGUUUUACAGUAACAAUAAAACCUUUAUUUAAAUGUU